GUAGAGUGCCCCAAAUACUUGUGGCAAAAUAUCAGUUGCUCAAAAAAAAAUCACAUCAUCAUUGUUUGCUGGAGCAUAUUUUUUUGGAUCCAAAUAUCUUAAAUAGCAGUUUUUGUGUAUCAAGCAGCAAACCAGCGACUAAAAAACGCCAAAGUGACCUAAAUCUCAGCUUUGCCCCGUUGUCUCCGCUAAGAGCAAUAGAGAUGCAGAGCAGAGCAAGAUCAUCAUCCCGCCGAGCUCGUAAAAAUAUACAGGACCUGAGACUGGCGGCGCUGUAAAGACACGAGGUACCGACUGGCUACCGCCGCCGCCUUCUGUAUUUUCGGGUAAUUCCCCUUUUCUUCGCCGGCCUGGAUUCCCCCCUUCUAUUUCCCUUUACCUUGUUCUGUAUGCGAGCCUACCUGUUGCCGCGGAAAGAGCAAGAGUUCCGCAUCUAGAGUUCAAAUUUCUAUUCUUAUUUCUGCUUCACGGUUGCCUAGUGACGGAGUAGACGCUGGCUAUGCUCCAUGGACUAGCAUGUUUUCACGAACUGGAUAGAUGUGCCCUAGCGAAUCCGGUUCAGUGAUGGCAUCCAUGCUCUUUAGUAAGCAAGUACUAUGUUUUUCUUCUGAAUUGCAAUUAGCAAGUUAGUACAUCGUAAACUUUCACAUCUACUCCCUCCGUUCCUAAAUAUUUGUCUUUUUAGGAUUUCAAAUGGACUACCACAUACGGAUGUAUAUCGACACAUUUUAGAUUGUAGAUUCACUCAUUUUGCUCCGUAUGUAGUCAUUUGUUGAAAUCUCUAGAAAGACAAAUAUUUAGGAACGGAGGGAGUAGUUUUCUUAUUCCGAAAAUAGAUAAAAUCAAGUCACAUCUAAUUUGAAGAUCUGAGCGACACUUGGGCAUUUUGAUUCAUUUCGCCUGAGAAUAUACCUGAUUAAUCAGCUCGCUGAACCAAGUUAGCGGCGCCCCGUGUCAAAUUAAUUCCUGGAAAACUUCCUUGUGUUUUUGGUCUUACCAAAGCACCGAAGUAAAAAACAGCAGAGCAGAGCAGAGAAUGCUAUGAUGUACAAGCUGAACAAUGCACUUGUCUUAAGAACAGAGUGUUAGUAUAAUUUUCUCCUUUUGCGCUACUGUUUUCUUCAUUUAAUGAAACGACAGGAGAGCUGUCAUUUGGUUUCAAAGAAACGCCGUAGAUUAUGUGCCGGGGAACACAGUUUGUUAUGUUUGUGACUAUAAGCACUAUUGAAACAUCAUAUGUGUGCGUGUCUGUCGUUAGUUCUUAUGUCUGUUUCUCUUCAGAGUUUUACUUCAUUGAGUAAAGAAGGAUGUCACAGGAAAGGAUGUUGGAGGAAGUUGUGUCCCCCUUUCUUAUGCAGUUAUCGAAAGCAAGAGUUCAUUCGUUGACACUGGACGGGGAUAGUUUACCUUCAGAGAUCAAACUUCUGUUUGAAAAUAUCGAGAGAGAAGCACGUGACAUGGAGGAUGUACUAAAGCGGGUGUCUAGAUGGGAAAGUGAGAUUAUCAAUGACUUCGGAGGAAUUGCUCGGCAUUUAGAUGACAUCAUAGAAGAAGAUAGCCAGCAGCAAUUUGUACAUUCCAAGCUUCAGAUUGUGAACACCGAAAUGUCCAACUUAAAAGACCGCAUGAAAUUUCCUCUCCAUGUUCCUUUGAUCAAGCCAGCAGCUCCUGCGUUGUUAUCAUCAUCUUUACCGUCCAAAUUGCUGUCUGCAGAUGCUUCAGAGCAAUGGAAAAAACUGGAGAUUGAGAAGAAAAUCCUUGAGAGCUCCAUGAUAUCUAAUUUGCAGCUCAGCUAUUAUAAUCUUGAUAUUCAGCUGAAGCUGUGCUUGUUAUGCUUCUCUAUAUUCCCAGAAAAUUGCAUUAUUAGCAAGAGGGCUAUGAUCCAUUGGUGGAUUGGUGAAGGGCUAGUAGAGGCCACAAGAAGUCAGACAGCUGAAGAUAUUGGGAAGGAGUGCUUUGAGAGGUUAAUCACUGCAGAGAUGAUUGAACCUGUACGUCAUAAACGUAACUGUACUGUGAACCAAUGUACUCGCCGUGCUUGUCUAGUCGGAGAACAUAUUCAGGUAACAGAGACGACACCACUCAGAAAUCAGUCCAAUCCAGAUUACCUUCUUGCAAUAUUCAAUGUGAGCGAGCAAUACCUCCAGUUCGACAAGAAUUGGUUCUUGGAUUUGAGGAAGAUCGAAGUUCUCCAACUAGGUCGGUGGCAUAACUUGUACCGACACCAUAUUGAGGUUGACAGCACGGAAUAUUUGGAAGGGUUGCAGUCAUGCAAACAAUUGAAAUAUCUUUGUCUGCGGGGUAUCUCCCGUAUCACAGAGCUUCCUGCUUCGAUCGGCGCACUCUCAAAUCUCAGGAUCUUGGAUCUUCAUGCUUGUCAUAACCUUGAGAGGCUUACUGAGAGCAUCACGUCUCUUCAGAUGCUGACCCACCUGGACGUUUCAGAAUGCUACCUUUUGGAGGGCAUGCCAAGGGGCAUUGGUUUGCUUACUGAACUCCAAGUGCUGAAAGGGUUUGUCAUUGGUGGAUCUACAGGCAAGUACAAUUGUCAGGUAGCGGAGCUGGUCAGGCUGGGCAAGCUGAAGAAGCUUAGCAUAUAUAUUGGAAGCAAAGUUCUAGUGACAGAAGACGAACUGCAUGAAGUUGAGAACAUCAAAGCCCUUCGUGUGCUGACAAUUACAUGGGCUGUGUUGCUGUCAACGAAAGGAGCGGAUGAACAAGAUUCAACAGCAACAGCAUUGUUAAAUUCGUUAUCCCUUCCUCCCCAUCUCGAGAAGCUAGACUUGCGUUGCUUCCCUGGUGAGAACAUACCUGUUUGGUUGAGUCCGAGUAGGCUGUUGAGACUACGGAGGCUCUACUUCACAGGAGGAAUGCUGCGCACUUUUGGAGAGAAGAGCAUGUCCGAGCAGUGGAACAUUGAGAUAAUGCGUUUGAAGUUCUUGAAUGACUUGGUACUAGAAUGGACCCAGGUGAAUGAGAUGUUUCCGAACCUGACCUUCCUGGAGGUAUUCAGAUGCAGCAACAUAGAAUCUUUCCCUUGUGACAAGGAUGGAGUGUGGAUGAACUGUGACACCCAGGAAACCAGAGAGUAG